GCGGGACCGGGGGCGCAGGGCCGCGGGUGUCCCCGGGAAGCAGAGCGGGUCGCGCAGGACGCGCUUCCCGCCGCCGCCGCCUCCUGGGACGGGGAGGCGGAGCCCCCGAGCCCCCGCCCGUCGCCCAUGGCCGCCGCCGUAGCCGCAGCGCGCCGCGGCCUGGCCGCCCUUGUGCUGGGCCGGCGCCCGCCGCUGCCGCCCUGCCUGCGCCCGCCGCCCGCCCGCAGCCUCCCGGCCGCCGCCGCCUCGGCGCUUGGGGCGCCGCCGUGGGCUCCCGCUCCGCUGCGCGCUGCCCGCCGCUGCUACAGCCAGAUCACAGAUGCGCCGUCCCAGGAAGGUCACCUCUCGGAGCAGGAUCCGCAGGCAGCCAAGGAAGACAGUGACAAUGUCUUUCUCAUCAGGGCGCAAGGAUUCCCCUACUCCUGCACCGAGGAAGAUGUGAUUACCUUCUUUGAUAGCUGUAGAAUUCGAAACGGUGAGAACGGGAUCCACUUCCUCUUAAACAGGGAUGGGAGGCGCAGGGGCGACGCCUUGAUUGAGAUGGAGUCCAAAGCAGAUGUCCAGAGAGCCUUGGAGAAGAACCUCAGGUACAUGGGCCCACGCUACGUGAAAGUCUUUGAGGUCCAUGACAGCGAUGUGGAGGGCUUGCUGCGGAGCCUGCGCGAUGAGUCCCAAGCCAUAAAUGAUGGAGUUGUGCUGCUCAGAGGCCUUCCCUUCAGCUCCACUGAGGAGGACAUAGCAGAUUUCUUUGCAGGUUUAAAAAUAACUGACAUAGUUUUCAUUUACCGGGGAGAAAGAAGAACAGGAGAAGCUUUUGUGCAGUUUGCAGCUCCUGACAUGGCAGCUAAAGCCCUGCUACGACACAAGGAAUAUAUGGGGAGUAGGUACAUCGAGGUGUAUGUGAGCAGGAAGCACAGCAUGCAGAAGCACAGCAUGCAGAAGCACAUGGGCUAUGACAGGGUGAGGAGGGAGUACGAGCCUGCGUUUGAGGAGCGGGGGCUGAGCCACGAGGGAGAUGCUGAAAGAGAGAGCAAACUGGGCAGGCAAGGAGCAGAGAGCUCCAGGCACGCUGUAGCAUCUGGCAGUGUCUCAUCAACGCUGCACUUUGUCCACGUGAGAGGGUUUCCCACCCAAACCAGUGCCCAAGACAUCAUAAACUUUUUUGCCCCACUGAAGCCCACCAGGAUCAUGGUGGAAUAUAACUCCAAUGGAGAAGCCACAGGAGAAGCAGAGGUGCAUUUUGAGAGCCAUGAGGAUGCGGUUGCGGCCAUGGCCAAGGAGGGGUCGCAGCUAGAGUGCGGUGCUGUGAAGCUGUUCCUGAACCAACAUCCAAAGGCAGAGGAAAGCUGCCAGUAACAAGGGCCCAGCUUGGAUUUGGAGCAGCAGAACUGACCUCCCCACCCCUCCCAGCCCAUGUGUGUGGGGCAGCCCCCAUGCCAAUGUCUCACCUGUUGGGUCAGAUCGUCCAGUCCUGCGAAUUCCGCUGUUGGCAGUGCCUUGGAGGGCAGCAGUGGUGCCUGAGGAGGAGGAGGGCAGCAAGGAGCUGCAGCCAGGUGGUGAUUCCAACACCACCACCGCCAUCUAGAAAGGUUGGAGCAGAAGCACUUUGGGCUGCUUUCCUGCCUGGCAGUCUGAGGUUUGUGUCUCUUCC